AAGUGAGGAUGAAGUUCAUAGGGAUUGGGAACAGUUUGACAGGAGACUUGAUUUUAUUAUCGAAUUUAAAGGAAAAUGGAAUGAUGAUAUUGAUUUACGUACAACAGAAUUGAUAUUUCAUAGAG